AUGGUACUGCACGAUCUGGAUGCCCUUCGGUUCAAAGCUUGCUAUCAUUCAAACUGUGAAUCGGCAACAAUUAGUGAAUUACAACUUGAAACAACUAAGGAUGAUCAGAUCAAUGGUGAUAGCUAUACGGCUACUUCUGUGGAGAUGUGCCAGUGUCCUCCACCAUACACAGGACUAUCCUGUCAGCAAUGCGCACCUGGGUACCAUCGUGUAAACAGUGGACGCUAUCUUGGAGCGUGUGUUCCGUGCAACUGCAAUGGGCAUUCUGGAAGCUGCGAUCCAGCCACUGGAAUUUGCUUCGAUUGCCAGCACGACACAGUCGGUGAACAUUGUGAAUUUUGUCGUGAAGGAUUUUAUGGUGAUGCAACCACCGGAGGACCUUAUUCAUGUAUGCCAUGUGCUUGCCCCAUGGCAACUGAUGCGAAUAAUUUUGCUAUAAGCUGUCAGGCAUGUCUCUUUUUCAUUGUUAGUGAAGCAGGUUUGCUACAGUCUUGCCUGUGCAAGGAAGGAUACACAUCAGACCACUGUGAGCGAUGCGAUGUUGGAUAUUAUGGAGAUCCAACAGCAAUGGGUGGCUCUUGCCAAAAGUGUGACUGCAGUGAGAAUAACGAUCUGAGUAUCGAUGGCUCAUGCCAUCCUGUUUCUGGAGACUGUGACCUCUGCCUAAAUAAUACAGGUGGAACACACUGCGAACAAUGCAAAUCAUGGUACUACGGAGACGCAUUGGUUGCAAAGAACUGCACUGGUGAGGAGGCCAUUUUAUUAAAUGUUGAAUUUGCGAAUCUAAUUUUGAUACUUGACAGCGAUUCAGGAUACUUUUCAACAACUGGGCAUAGCAGUGAUGCAUCCAAGAAUAAUGCUUUACAGAAUGUGCCUGCAAUAAGUGUGGUAGCUCAGUGUGCGACCACAGAUCCGGACGAUGCGAAUGCCAUUCAAACGUAG